AUGGUGGUUAUUCCCUCCACCUGCUGCCUGUCCUUUAUUUCCAAGAAAAUUCCUGAGAGCCGAGUGGUCAGCUACUGUUUAGCCAAUAGGAGCGUCUUCCCCAAGGCCGGGGUGAUGUCAGUUACUCUCCAAGGAUCCAUGGGUCUGCGGGGCCCCAAGCAGCUGUGGGUGCAGAGGUAUGUAAGAGACCUGGAUGCCAGGAGAAGCAUCCUUCCUCAGGUCCAGGGCAACAUCAGCACCCCUUAA